AUGGACGUCACACAAGAGCUAGAGACAUUCGCUGCCGCAAACUCAACAGCUAUCCUCGAACGACUUAAUCCAGUAGUAACCGAUGCUGGGCUAUUGGCCGCUUUCGAUAACACCCCUGUAGAUGCUGAAGAGUACUCAUCCAACCUCAACCCUCACUUACUCGCUUUAACACUUACAUCAACCCAAGCACUUAUCGCUUCACUCUUCACUUUACCUACCAAAUCAUCGUCUUCAGGUCCCAUCACCCUUCUCCCAACUCCCGCUACCGUCCUUCCCCGAGAAAAGCCAUUACCUAAACCUAAACCACCAACCAAAUGGGAGAGGUUUGCCAAAGCUAAAGGUAUCUCUCAUAAGAAGAAGGAGAAGGAUAUUUGGGAUGAAGAGAAACAAGAUUGGGUACCUAGAUGGGGUAAAGGUGGUAAGAACAGAGAAGGUGAAGAUCAAUGGUUACAUGAGGUUAAAGCUGGUGAAGACGCAGAUCUUGAUCCAGCAAAGACAGCUAAGAAUGAACGAAAAACAAGAAUCGCAAAGAACGAAAAACAACAUUCAGCCAAUGUUGCAGCUGCUUCAAAUUCUUCUGCUGCAGCCGCCGCUUCAUCUACGACCGGACUCUCUCAAGAAGAAAAGAAGAGUAAAAGAGAUUUACGUAAAAAUGAACUACAAAGAUCAAUGUUAAUCUCAAAGACAUCAACAGCUUCAUUGGGUAGAUUUGAUGAAAAGAUUCAAGGGGAACCAAAAGCCAAAGGUGUUAAAAGGAAAUUCGAACCAACCGUCACAGAUUUCAAAGGUGAAAAAUCAUCCGCUUUAGAUGUACUCAAAAGGCUAGAAAGUGGUGUUGGUAAAGUCAAGAAGACUAAAAAGGGUAGUUCAGGUGAAGAAGGUGGUUUGAACGUUAGGAAAGCAGUCAGAUUCCAAGGUAAACAAGAUCGUGCAAAUGGUGCAAGACCAGGAGACAAAAAAGCUAGGAGAAAGUAG